UUGACAGAGCUUGAAAGGCUCUGCAGACAAGAAUGGGAGAAACUCCCCAAAUACAGGUGUGCCAAGCUUGUAGCUUGAAUUUAAAUGUAACUUUUUUUAAAGGUUGAGUUUGUAGUAAAGUGUUGAGUUAGACGAAAUACUGUAGCUCCUUCCUAAAUCAUUAUUUCAAAUCAUUUUGGUGACUUCACAGCAAAUGCUACCUAUUCGAAAUGUAACUAGCUAGCAGGCUCAGCUAAAUACAAAUCCCCCUAUAUACAGCGACAUCAUGAGAUUUGUAAAUGAAAGAGGAAUAUAAUAAUACAAAUUGAAUGGAGUUUCCCCAUCUUCCCAUUUUGUUUCUGGCAGAGCACAGAAAUGCCCUUAUCCAGGAUGUGUGACAAAGGCAUUUCCUAACGGAUCUGCUAACUUUCUUUGUUGUUACAUUAAAAGUUGAAACCAACAAGCAGUACCUCCAGCAGGAAGAGAGGCAAGAACCAUUUGUCCGCCAUCUCACUGACAAGCUACACUAUUCACAGCCCUGUGUAAUAUUCAAUGCAAUCGCAUUAUUAUAGUUUUUGAAACAUGUCUUUAAUGCAUAUUUGUUUUAGCUGUUAGGGAAUUAUAACUGUUAAUACAUUUGUUCACAUCAAAGGCUUUAUGUAUGUGUUAUAAAUGACCAAAGGGGUCUGACUUUAAAGUACAGCGUCACGCAUUAUAGCAUCUUUAUGGAUGUGUUAUGAAUGACUGACUCACUUCAAACUAAGUAUUACAGGACACUACAUAGUGUCAAUAAAUAGGUUAUUAACAGUCUGCUGAUUUAUGAAGGUUCUCUCAUGAUCCACAGGUUAUUGUAUGGUGAGAGAGGUAUUUGAUGGACCUGCAAAAUGUGUGUGUGUCAGAACCAAGAAGAUUUGGGAGUAGUCCAACCUGAAAUUACCACACCAGGUAUUACUCUACUGUUCCCAUGCUGGAGACCAGGGCUUGAUUACAAUGUUGCCAACAUUUUGUGGCUGAUCUUUCAGUGUGGGAGUGGAUGAAUGUGUCAAAGACCUGACUGGGCCCAGCACCGCGCAUAUGGCUCAUUUUUGUUUGUGUGUGUGUGUUUCUGUACUGAGGAACAUGUAACUUGGUUCCAGAAGAAAGACACUUUCAAUUUCUUUCAGUUGGGGGCUUUCAUCAAGGUAAGUGUUUAUUGGUGUAAAGUCGUCCUUAGGCUAUUGCGCACACACAGCACAUACUGUAUAAACCUGGGAUAUCAACAAUUCAAAGUUGGCCUUAGUGGGAGUGGCCAUAGAAUUCUAUAGGAGUGACCUUACUGAGUAUAACAUAUGUCAUCAUCACUAAACAAAGUCAUAAUUAUGGCUAAACCCUGCCCAUUUCCACAAUUGAUUUUCUUAAGUGAUUUUAAACCUAACCCUAACUAAUGAAGGCUAAGUUUGAUGCGUUGGUCCACAAGACUUUCCACACAUUAGGACGGAAGUGUCUGGGAAUGAGAUUAGGUGUAACAUGACAUUAGAGCAUAUGCCAUCCUUCAGCACAACAUGUCACCCUUUAUAAAGCACAUGUUUAUAUCAUAUUUGACAUAGUAGGUUACGUCACAUUUGACAUUGGUGAUUGCCACAUUUAUGAACCUUUUAUAAAGAAUGACAUAUGGUUAUAGAUGCUUUUUAUAUAUAUUUAACCUUUAUUUCACUAGGCAAGUCAGUUAAGAACAAAUUCUUAUUUACAAUGACGGCCUACCCGGCCAAACCCGGACGACGCUGGGCCAAUUGUGCGCCGCCCUAUGGGACUCCCAAUCACCGUCAGAUGUGAUGCAGCCUGGACCCUAACUAGGGACAGCAGUGAGGCCUCUUGCACUGAGAUGCUGCGCCACUCGGUAGCCCAAUGUAGUGCUUAUGAAGGCUAUAAACUGAACGUAAUUUAAAGCGGGACCGUCCAAUAUGAAAAAAUAAUUGUAUUUAAGCUAAUUGGCCACUCUAAAGGGCCGCAAAUGAGCAGCAAAUUCCUCUGGGUGUUAACUCUGUGAUUUGAAACUAAAGUGACCCUGAAUAAAAUGGAUCCCCCUUUUACUGCAUACAGAAAAUUAUGUAAGGUGCCAUAAAUGAUAGUACACACACAAAAAACAUUGACCAGUUUGUAUUUAAUUUUGUUUUCAAUCCUAUCAAAAUAUAUUUUAGAAAUACUUGUAAUUAUUGGUUGUAUGAUAACUAGUAUAAAAUAUCGAUAAUUCUGCACAUUUUCGCCUUAAUUAUUAAUGUACAAAGUAAUAGGAAAGAAUUCUUAUUCUGAAGGAUUCCAAAAAUCCGUGACCUGGAAGUACUUAGCUAGUUAUUCUUGCCUGCUUCAGUGGUAAAAACAUUUACGUUUUUAUUAACGUUUUUAUUGUUGUGAUUUAGACGCUUGUUAACACCCUGGAAGUCUAAAUAUGACUUAACUGCACUGCAUCACAUACUUACCCUAGGUCAUAUUUUAAUUCGCGUUGCAGACGGGGCUUGGUUGAUAACAUCUAUCUAGAUAACGCUAGCUGCUAACAAUGGCUAACUGUAUGGUUUUUCACACUCAAAUAGCCUCCAUCAUGGAGGUGCUAGCGAAUGCAGCCGUGGCAGAGAUCUGUAAACUCGUAGACGACGACUAUGCAGUGUUUCGUGUGGAAAUAACUCAAAGCCAGAAAGAAAACAGGACAUUACGGAGAAAACUACUGGAACUGAAGGUGGCACGGGAGCGCGCAGAGAGGACAAUGCGAGAGCGCGUCCUCGCCAGUCGUCCCAGUGUCAAGAUCCUCGACCGAUACAGAGGAAUGGCAAGAGGUGAAGGACAUCUCACUGGAGGCCACAGGAGCGUUGUGAAGCCAGUGGGACACAAUACAUGGAGAGAUGACCAACCAAUCACUGUUGACGAGGGGAGUAGAACCUCAACCCAGCACGUUAUCGUGAUAGAGUCUGCAGAUGCAGAGGCUGCAGGUCCUGGGGUCAAGCUAGAGAGAUCUGAAGGAGAUGAGUGCCCACGGCACAGCAGAGAAAUCCAGACUGGGGUGGAUGGAGCGCCCCUUGUAGCCACGGAGGACCCCACCACCGCCCCAGCGCAGCCCAAGACCCAAUGCAGUAUCACAGAGGUCAGUGGAACGCCGAACGCCAUCCUCAAGUCAGAGACAGACACCGAGACUUUAACUGUAACACACAGGCUUUUACACACAGGAUCUGACCACAGAUCAGACCCAGAGAGGCUGGGGAGACUGGGCUGUCCUCCUGCUCCUUGCUCAGAGUAUAUACCGGUAUUUCCCCAUAGCCAAAGGACAGUUCAUUCCCAUGGUGAUAGUGACGUGUUAGACACUGGUGAUGAUCCGUCUUGUUCUUACACUACAGAGAUGGACCCUGGCAACAUAUCCUUGGGUUUAGAGACACAAACUGAUCUGUCUAGAGGGGACUGGAACCAGUACAGUAGUAGUGUAUACUCUGAAGGGUGCCUAGAUAAGAAAGGGGAGGGUCUGGUCGUAGAUGAGGUGACUGUGAAAGUGGAGGGCGAUGUUCCUCCCACAUGGAAUCCAGAUAGUCACCUAGGAGACGGACACUCACAGGGCAGAUAUUUCUUAGAUUACAGGGGAAGUUUAGAGACAAAUCCAAUAGUCGCAACCCACUCCCCUUUACACUCAUUCAGGGAUCGUGAGCCAGCGUCCACCUCAAUGGGGCAUUCCGAUUCAAACGGUCUCGUCCCUUUUGAUCAGGUAUUGAACUCAAACGACAGGGCUAGAGCCCAGGCUCCGGGAGGAGGAGCAACAUCAGGCAUUAUUAAAGCGAAACGGUUCCUCUGCAUGUUCUGUAACAAAGGCUUCAGCUGCUCCCAGAAGGUGGAGAUCCACCAGAGGGUCCACACAGGGGAGAAACCCUACAGCUGCCCCCAGUGUCACAUGCGCUUCACCCAGGCUGGUGACUUGAAGAGGCACCAGAGGGUCCACACAGGGGAGAAACCCUACAGCUGCCCCCAGUGUCACAUGCGCUUCACCCAGGCUGGCAGCCUGAAGAGGCACCUGAAGGUCCACACAGGGGAAAGGCCGUUUGCCUGUACGCUUUGCGGGAAGAGGUUCUCAGAGAGGACCUACCUCAGGAUACACCAGCAGAAAAACCAUCCCACUCUAUAAAAUGUAAACCAUUCUACUUUAUAGCUUAUUACAUUUAGAUCAAACCCUGCAUCAAAUACAGAUUCAUUUUCAUUGUUGUCUGCAGAAAAGAUCCACAGAUGCAUUUGGAAUAAUGAGAUUAACAGAUUUCAUUGUUGAAUAUUCCUGGUUAGAAUAUUGCAUGCAGACAUUGUGUGAUAUAUAUAUAUAUAUAUAAGCCUAAAAAGUCUGUAACAUAGUGUUUGUACUGAAUAGUCUAUAUGAUGUUAGGAAAUGCCUGUUUCAUUUUUAAUGGUGUAUUUUAAAAUGUGUUUAUGUUCAAUAGAAUGAAAAGUCCCAUUUUGGUGACUCUUUAGUAUUCAGUACCAGUCAAAAGUUUGGAAACACCUACUCAUUUAAGGCUUUCUUUAUUUUACUAUUUUCUACAUUGUUGAAUAAUUGUUAAGACAUCAAAACUAUACAAUAACACAUGUAGUAACAAAAAAACAAAAAAAGUGUUGACAGAUAAAUAUGAGAUUCUUCAAAGUAGUCACCCUUUGCCUUUGACAGCUU